AUGGCUCUCCUUAGAGAUAGGAUUCAUGCUCAUUGGAAGAUUAAGUCUUCACAACUUCAGGAGAUCCAACAACUAGAGAAUUUUCUCAUGUCAUCAAUUAGUAGCUCAGACCAACAGCAAGUCUUUACUGCUGUGGAAAGUUCAUUUAGAAACAUCUUUAAUAAGCAAAAAGGAAUCCAUAUUCACAAGUUCUCCAUGCUCAAGAGUUGUCGUGACAAGGUCGGGUCUGACCCAGCUAGUGGUUCUAAAAAAUUUGUUCUCAAUCUUUCAGAGUACGCUCUUACAGACCACGAGGAGUCAGACCUUAGGAAGGGCUUGAAUUUUUCCAUAGUAAAUCCACACUUCAACUUAGAUAUGGCAUGUGCUGUUGAAUCGGUGAUUACAAAACUCCCACAGAUUUUAGGAAUGGAAUUCAGAUGGAAGGUCAGGUCUAUGUUGCAGAAGUCCAAGUCACCCACCUCCAACAUAAGGAAGAAGGAGUUGAAAGCUGUGAAGUCCUUGAGGCUCAACAAAGGUAUCAGGAUCCUGCCAGCAGACAAAGGCAACUGCACUGUAGUGCUAAAUGAAAUAAAAUACAGGGACAAGAUUAACACCCUGCUGAAGUCUGGAGUUUAUGAACCCCUGGCAAAAGAUCCGACAGCCAGGGUUGAGAGAAGAGUUCAGCAAAUCCUUGCCAAAUAUAAAACUGCCCUUCCUGCAAAGGUAAAGCAAAAGCUGACACCAUACCACAGCAAGCCCCCACACCCUAAGAUUCACAAACCAGACAUUCCACUGAGACCCACAGCGAGUUCAAUUGGCUCCCCGUGCUAUGCCUUGGCUGGCUUCCUACAAGAAAUACUGAGCCCUUUGGCCAGCAGAUCUGGUAUCUUCGUGAAGAAUUCCGGCCAUUUCAUAGAACUGUUAAUGUCUGUUAAUCUCCGUAGACAGGAUAUGCUCGCCAGUUUCAAUGUGGUCAGUCUUCACCAACGUACCAGUCGACGAAGCCCUUCAGGUCAUCAGAAGUAG